AACAAAGCAAGCAAUUAUAAGAAAGUAUCUACUGGAUCAAAUGCAGAGAACAAGUUUUGCCACAAAGUUAACACUGAAUUUAUGGAAUUAGAAAAGAAUGUAGGACAACCCACGGAGAGAGAAGAGUAGAAGACCAGAUAUGACCAGCUUGUAGAAAGGACAAGUUCUUAGUCUGUGCACUGCUGUCUGAAUAGAUCAUACCUGCACACAAAACCUGACCUCAAGUCAUCAUGGAAAUUGGGACAGAGAAGGACGUGUCCAAUGACCAAGUACCAGACGUGUCGGUGAAACUUCCUCAGCCUGAAGCCUGGAAGAAAGGGGGUCGGCUACUGUCUGGGCUUAUAGGCUCCAAUGUGCUACUUGUAAGCUGUGCUCUACUAACCUGUGUGUACACUGAGGAUGUUGAAGUCUAUGAGGUUGACUUUCUUAUAAUCCUGUCUGUCAUGAUGGUCAUCUGUACUCUGUGGAUGUUCUUCCAAAUGUACUUCACAUGGAAGUACAAAAAUGCCAUUCUGUAUAAGGAUUGCGAAGCAGGACCAAUAUGGAUGAGAGUGGGAAUCGUUCUUUUUGGCGUUGGCACCCUUGUUAUGGCUUUAAUGAAGAUUGCAGAUACAGCUAAGUACCUGGACUGUAUAACACCCAUGAAAAUCAUCCAGCCAGUCAUACAGGCCUUUUUUGUCAUUGUGCAGACAUUUUUCCUUUGUUUGUGCUGCAAACAUUGUGUCCAAAUAUAUAUAAAUCCAACCAGGUGCUUUCUGAUGAUUCUACUGACGCUUAAUCUGAUCAUCUGGGUCACUGCAGUUACUGAAGAAUCCAGAAAUCACACUUUAGAAUUGCAGAAGUAUCUAGAGAGAAAUUUUUUCGAUGAGAGUAGCAAGAACUCCACUGAAUAUAAAGAGGAAAAUGAAAAUGAGAACAUAUGUGGGUGCAUGACUGAGUGUAAAUCCAAAACAGAAGCGUAUACUUACCUGUACCCCUUCAACAUUGAGUACAAUCUCUUUGCUGCAGCCAUGAUUUAUAUCAUGUGGAAGAACGUAGGGCGUCAGAUUGAUGAAAAUGCUUCUGACCACCAUGGAUUAGGACCAGGAGUCCACCAACAUAUCCCCCUUCUGGGGCUUAUAUCUGGACUCUCUGUUCUGAUUACUGGCCUUGUGAUGUUUAUCCUGUAUGAAAUUGGAAGAGAAGACAAUCUCAAGCACUGGCUCUCAGUGACAGUCUUUUACUUCUUUCAUGUGGUCAGCCUUGCACUCAUGUGUCUGGCCAAUAUAGUCGGGAUUGUCAUCUUCAGACUGGAUAAUAGAAAUAUGGACAAUGAGAAGAAUCCGAGCCGUUCACUAGAUGUGGCUCUAUUACUUGGAGCAACUUUAGGCCAGUAUGGAAUAUCCUAUUACUCCAUUAUUGCCAUGUUAUCUAGCCAACCCUUCAGCCUCUUGUGUGGUUUAACACUCUCCUACUCUAUUCUGAUGAUUAUACAGCACUCUCUUCAAAAUGUUUUUAUCAUUAAAGGUUUAUACCGUCUUCCACCCAGCAACUUUCUCAUUCCACACGACAGUCCAACUACCACAAAGUCUGUAAGACAGCAUGAAGGCAUGAAGCAAGUCAUUGUGCAAGAGAAGGAGAGUAUACGUUCCCUUACAGGUCCUCCUAUGGAUGCAAAUCGUAGAAUGUCAAGGAGAGAAACCCUGACUAUGCACAUCAAAAGUCAUCUCAAGAAAAGAAAAACAAUGAAAGAUAUAUAUUUGUUUCUUUUCCUCUGCAACAUUAUUUUCUGGAUUAUGCCAGCCUUUGGAGCUCGGAUCCGGUUUGACAAUGGCUUAGAAGUAAAUUUUUUCGGUUUCACGAUAUGGGCCAUAAUUACCAACGUCUGCCUUCCUUUUGGGAUUUUUUAUCGAAUGCAUUCAGCUGCAAGCUUACUAGAACUUUACAGCAUGGCAUAGAAGACUUGUUGCACGCUUGGCUCACUGAGAUACAAGAAGCUUGUUGAUUAACAUAACUCCUGUUUUUGUAACAGAUAAGGAAAAGAACCGUGGGGUUAAAACAACAACUUGUACAGAUCAAGAUAAUUUACAAACAAGCAACCUACAACUCUGGACCUUUUUAAAAUAUAUAUAUUCUUUGGGAUAUUUUGCUUAGUAGUGGAAGUUUGCAGGAUUGUUCGAGAGCAGAUUUUCCCCACAAUCAAUCUUUUUUAAAGAUUUAUUUUAUUAGGUCCACUCAAAACAUCAAAGUUACCUAUAUUUGCACAUCAAAAAAUGCUUGUUCUGCUAUGCCAAAUUUCAGCUGAAGGGGGCUGAAGCAAAGUUGUAAGUAAAUCAUGUGUAUCUUGCUCCCAGUCUGCGUGCAUGCAGAAUAUCUGUAUAUUCACCUUUAUGCAGAGCCGUGCACAUCUUGCAAUGAGUCUGCCCCCCUCCCCCCUGUUGGUGUACCGGUAUGUCUGGCUUGCUACUAGUCAUCAUUAUCACCUAUACUAGAUGAGACAGGUGUAUUUAGGUUUAUGUCCAAAUCUGUAUAACCUGCGGUUGGGUUGACAUGCCCCCAGUGGUGCCGAGAGAGGAGGGGAGAGAGUACAAAUUACCCGGGCCCAGGUGUGAUGCAGGGGUCCAGUGAGGAACCAGUGGGGGCCUGGGCCCCCUCCCCCUUAACUGACAGCAGCAGCUGCAACUCUUCUCCUCAGCCCAGCACAUGAUGCUGUUUGCUGGGCUGCAGUGUGGCCAUGGAUGUACUUCAAAUACCAUUUUUUUCAGAAUUUUUUUCUGAGGGUACAUGACCACGCCUCUUAUGAUUAGGUCACACCCUUGAAAAGUACCUGGGCCCAGACUGGCUCUCUACUGCCCUGCAUGCCCCCACAGAACUUGGCAGACACGAGAUUGCCCCGUUACAGCCCAGUUUUGCCUUUUAUGUCAUACAUGCAGAGGCGUCACUGGGUGUGGUGACACCCGCUGCACACCCUUCAUAUGCCAGCGCGUUAGAGGCACACUCGCUGCAAAAAGGGUUGCAAAUAAAUGGGCGUGACCUCGCGGAUCAUCACUCUGGGGGCGUGCCCUGCAUCUCCAGAGAUGUUGGGCUGUACUGCGGCGCUACCCCCGGAGACUGUCUACGGCGCUGUCGGCCCCUCUGUUAUGGUAGGAGCCAGGUGCUGUAGCAGAAUUUCACAUUGCAGCACCUGGCUCCUGUCACUGCGGAGGAGCCGACAGAUUUGUGCCCCCCCCCCCCUUCUAGGCGUCACACACCUUGGGACGCCACUGCAUACAUGUAAAAAACAAGAAAAUAUACUGACAAAAACCUGCAUGUGUGUGUAAAGAGGACAGGUGGAGAUGUUGCCUAUAUUAACCAGCUUCUUGCUAUCAUUAUAUAGAAUGUACUUGAUUUUUUGUGCACUGAUGGCCUAAUUCAGACCUGAUAGUAGCCGUGCAAAAUUUUGCAUGGCUAUGAUCAGUUAUUCAGACAUGUAUGGGUUGCAGCGGCUGCGUGUAAUGUCACACAGCUGCCGCGGCCCGCCCCCCGCACGGUCCGGGCACGCCUGUGGUGCCCAGACGUGCCCCCAAAAUGGCGGCCAAGCUCCGCCGGCCCACCCCCUCCCGCCCAGCUACCACCUCUGCCUGUCAAUCAGGCAGAGGCGAUCGCUAGGCUGAGAUUGCCAUCGGCUGUGUGGCAUGCGCCGGCGCAUGCGCAGUUCAGACCUGAUUGGCUGCUGUUCGAAAAUGCACAGCAGCGAUCAGGUCUGAAUUAGGCUCUAAAUUUGAUACAUCUACCCCAUAGAGAGUAAGCUCCACUGGGUCAGGAACUGAUAUGAAUGACUAAAUAUGCUUUGUAAGGUGAUGCCCGAUAUAUAAAUGUCUGCUAAUGAAUAAAUGAGACUUAAACA